CUCUAUAUAUAUCCUCCUCUUCUUCUCCUUUGUCCAUUUAAUUACUUCAUUUUAGCAGAGCUUGAGAAAAUCUCGUUUUUCUCACAAUCUUUUCCUUCUCUUAGCCCCAGAAAGAAAGAAAGAAAGUUCAUCAGUUGUAAGAAAAUGCCAGCCGUCGGCAUACCUAGUACCGGUGGUGCCUGUAAGUCCUACCCGGGGAAACUGACUCCAUUUGUGACCGUGACAUGUAUUGUUGCAGCCAUGGGCGGUCUGAUUUUCGGUUACGAUAUUGGGAUUUCUGGUGGGGUUACGUCGAUGAACCCAUUUUUACAAAAGUUUUUCCCGUCGGUGUACCGUAAGAAAAAGGCGGAAGAGUCGAGCAAUCAGUAUUGCCAGUACGACAGUCAAACUCUGACCAUGUUCACUUCUUCUCUCUAUCUGGCUGCCCUGAUAUCCUCACUGGUGGCCUCAACCGUCACCAGAAAAUUCGGUCGGAAACUGUCUAUGCUUUUCGGCGGUCUGCUCUUCUUUGCCGGAGCCAUUCUCAAUGGCUUCGCCCAAAAAGUUUGGAUGUUGAUCGUUGGUCGUAUCUUGCUUGGUUUCGGUAUAGGCUUCGCAAAUCAGUCUGUGCCACUUUAUCUGUCGGAGAUGGCUCCAUACAAAUUUAGGGGUGCAUUAAACAUUGUGUUCCAGCUCUCCAUUACUAUUGGUAUCGUUGUGGCUAAUGUUGUAAACUAUUUCUUCGCCAAGAUAGAAGGUGGGUGGGGAUGGAGGCUGAGUCUGGGCGGGGCUGUUGUCCCUGCCCUCAUCAUUACAAUCGGAUCUCUUGUCCUCCCUGACACCCCAAAUUCUAUGAUAGAGCGUGGCCAGCACGAGGAAGCCAGAAUUAAGCUCCAAAGAAUUCGAGGGAUUGAUAACGUUGAUGAGGAAUUUGCUGACCUUGUCGCCGCUAGUGAUGCCUCAAAACAAGUUGAACAUCCAUGGACAAUGCUUCUUCAAAGGAAGUAUAGACCACACCUCAGCAUGGCUAUUUUAAUCCCAUUCUUCCAACAACUCACCGGAAUUAAUGUGAUUAUGUUCUAUGCCCCUGUUUUGUUCAACACAAUCGGGUUUGGAGACGAUGCUUCACUUAUGUCUGCUGUCAUUACUGGGGUUGUUAACGUUGGUGCUACUUCGGUCUCCAUUUAUGGUGUCGAUAAAUGGGGUAGGAGGUUCUUGUUCCUUGAGGGUGGACUCCAAAUGCUUAUUUGCCAGGCUGUGGUUGCUGCUGCCAUUGGAGCUAAAUUCGGAGUAGAUGGGAGUCCAGGAGAUUUGCCCAAGUGGUACGCCAUUGUUGUGGUAGUGUUCAUCUGUAGCUAUGUGGCUGGUUUUGCUUGGUCAUGGGGUCCACUAGGAUGGCUAGUACCAUCUGAGAUUUUCCCAUUGGAAAUUCGAUCAGCUGCACAGAGUAUCAACGUUUCUAUAAACAUGAUAUUCACUUUCGUUGUGGCUCAAAUUUUCUUGACAAUGCUCUGCCAUUUCAAGUUUGGACUCUUCAUCUUCUUUGCAUUCUUUGUGGUCAUCAUGUCCAUCUUCGUCUACUUCUUCUUGCCUGAAACAAAAGGUAUUCCAAUUGAAGAGAUGAACCACAUUUGGAGGACCCACUGGUACUGGUCUAGAUUUGUCUCCGAUGAAGAUUAAUUGUUCCAAAUCUAAAGGAGGUUAUUGCUGUUUUUAGUGAUCAACACUAUUGAUUUAAUCAAAUAUAGUCUAAUUUGGUUACUAACAUAUAAAUAUCUAGCUAGUUUCGUUACACGUAUUUAUUCAUUUUUCGUUUGGUGGGUGGCCUUACUUUAUUACCGUAAUGUGACCCUAUAUCAUGUUUUUUUUUUCUUUGUUUUUUUCCUCCCAGUUUUCUGAUUUUGGGUUUUGAAUUAUUUAAACGAUGACUUUGUUCGAUUUAAUCAGAAAAAUAAGAAAAUUUACCAA